AUGGAAAGCCAAGGAAACAUUUCAGAAUUCAUUCUUUUGGGAUUUUCUUAUGACUCAAAUACACAGCUGUCUUUUUGUGUGCUAUUUUUAUUCUGUUAUAUAUCCCUCUUAGUAGGAAACCUUGUGAUACUUCUUUCCAUUCGAUGCAGUACCCUUUUUCAACAACCAAUGUACUAUUUCCUUAGCCACUUGUCUUCUAUGGACAUCUGCUAUACUUCAAGUGUCACACCCAAAUUGAUUGGUGACUUACUAGUAGAGAAAAAAUCCAUCUCUUAUGGAAAUUGUAUGCUACAGGUCUUUACUGUGCACUUCUUUGGCGGUAUUGAGGUCUUCAUUCUUACUGCCAUGGCCUUUGAUCGCUAUGUUGCCAUCUGCAAACCUCUCCACUACAUGAUCAUCAUGAACAGAACAAGGUGCCAUCUUCUUGUCUUAGCUGCCUGGGCCGGUGGGGCUGCCCAUGCCUUUCCACAAUUACUUAUGGCCAUCUCGUUACCCUUUUGUGGUCCUAAUGAAAUCGAUCAUUACUUUUGUGACGUCUUCCCUUUGUUAAAAGUUGCCUGUACUGAUGAUACCUAUAUUAUCGGUGUUCUUGUGGUUGCCAAUUCAGGGAUGGUGGCCUUAGUAACUUUUGUUGUCCUGGUUGGUUCUUAUGUGAUAAUAUUAUUCACCUUAAGAAAUCACUCAGCAGAGGGCAGGCGCAAAGCCCUGUCUACCUGUGGCUCUCAUGUCACGAAUUUGUUGUUCUACACUAUUGCUCUUUUUAUUAGCAAUCUUGUGAUACUUCUUUCCAUUCGAUGCAGUACCCUUUUUCAACAACCAAUGUACUAUUUCCUUAGCCACUUGUCUUCUAUGGACAUCUGCUAUACUUCAAGUGUCACACCCAAAUUGAUUGGUGACCUACUAGUAGAGAAAAAAUCCAUCUCUCGUGGAAAUUGUAUGCUACAGGUCUUUACUGUGCACUUCUUUGGCAGUAUUGAGGUCUUCAUUCUUACUGCCAUGGCCUUUGAUCGCUAUGUUGCCAUCUGCAAACCUCUCCACUACAUGAUCAUCAUGAACAGGACAAGGUGCCAUCUUCUUGUCUUAGCUGCCUGGGCCGGUGGGGCUGUCCAUUCCUUUCCACAAUUGUUUAUGGCCAUCUCAUUACCCUUUUGUGGUCCGAAUGAAAUCGAUCAUUAUUUUUGUGACGUCUUCCCUUUGUUAAAAGUUGCCUGUACUGAUACCUAUAUCAUCGGUGUUCUUUUGGUUGCCAAUUCAGGGAUGGUGGCCUUAGUAACUUUUCUUGUCUUAGUUGUUUCGUAUGUGAUAAUAUUAUUCACCUUAAGAAAUCACUCAGCAGAGGGCAGGCGCAAAGCCCUGUCUACCUGUGGCUCUCAUGUCACGGUGGUGCUCCUAUUUUUUGCUCCAGCAAUAUUUAUCUAUCUUAGACCUCCUACCACUUUCCCUGAGGAUAAAAUAUUUGCUCUGUUUUACACUAUCAUCGCUCCUAUGUUCAAUCCUCUAAUCUAUACCCUGCGAAAUACAGAGAUGAAAAAUGCCAUGAGAAAAGUGUGGUGUCAAAAUAAUUUUCAAAAGAAGCAUGCAAUUAACUUCAAGAAGACUAACAGCUAA